AUGAACACCUCUCACCCUCCGCUCGACUUGAAUUCCGACGCCGCCGGCGUCGGAUGCCUGUCCGGGGUGGUGCGCCGGCUGCUCUGUGCGAGUCUUCGUAGCGAUGUGCACGGAGAUUGCAGCGCGGACGAAGGAGUGGGCAGCAGUAGCCUUGGCAUAGAAUGGAUCGCCAUGCAGAAGAAGAAGAAGAAGCCGCCGGCGACGCCCUGUAUCGUGGCACGCCUGAUGGGGCUCGACUCGAUGCCGGUGUUCCCCUACACUCCUCCGGAGACGGUGACCCGUAGCCGGUCUACGAACUCGGUCGAGAGCUGGCCUGGGUUCUUGUGCAGCGAGAGGAGCAGCGGCGCGGCGCAGAUCAGGACGCCGUCGUCGUUUCGUGAAGCUCCGACGUACUUGAGACAGGAGAACGAUGACUUCUUGGUCAUGAGCUUCACGCCUGAGGACAAAGCUCGGAGCAUUAUGGUCAAAGCAGGAGAUUCGAGGGAGAGGAAGAAGGGUGGGAAGAACAACGGAGCGAAGAAGGAUACCAGAAGGACGGAGCAGAGAACUCGAGUAGCAGGAAAGCAGAUACAGAAGGAGAAUGUGCCCCAGAGAAAGCACUCCAGUGGCAAGGGCUCGGUCAUGUCGUCUCCAAAUAAGGCCUGCCGAACCACGAAAUCUGGCGGCAGCAAUAUAAAGCCCGCGAAACAAAAGGAAACGCCAUUGACGGACGAGAGAGGUCGAAGGAAGAACAGAGCGGGUUGCAGCUCCCAUCCUUCCACGGAUGGCGCGUGCUCCCUCAGCUUCAACUCUCCCUGUUCAGGUAACUCCAUAACUGGCUCAUUAUUUCCUUCAGCAAAUGCAGAAGAAGAGAGGAAGCAGACAUCGAAGUUGGAGAAGCUCAACUCCACGUCUCCGAGUUGUCAUCCCGAGACGAGCUCAAGAGACAGAGGAACCGACUUGUCUAGUGAACCAAGCACCAAGAAAUCUAGCAAGGCCGAGCAGGCGAGUCUAGAAUGGAGCGAAAUCUGGGAGAAGACUUGCAUGCUUACAGAGGAGGAUCUGAAGGACUCCACAUGGACGUCAAGAGAGACUUGGAGGUCGGAAGAGGCCGGUGAAAUAGGAGCAGUGGUGGCGCUGGAGAUGCUUGAUCUGGUCCUCAUGGAGACUGUAUCUCAGAUGUCCAGUAAUGCCACAAGAUCCAAAAAUGUAAAUGGCAUUUGA